UGUAAUCUUUCUUGUUCAUCUUCGGUAGAUAAUGGCGACUAGAACAAGAAUCUUCAGCUUCGUGUUCGCGAUGAUGAUGAGCUUCAUGGUAUUCGCGGUUUACUGCUCGGCGAGGAUCUACACAGUUGGAGACUCCGAGGGAUGGACUGCCAAGGACGACGUCUACUACGCUUGGGCCGAAGCCGACCAUAAGGAGUUCCACGUGGGAGAUUCUCUAGUCUUCGAAUACGAUCCCAACAUCAACGACGUGACUCAUGUUUCUGGCUCUUUGGAAUACGAGUUUUGCGACUAUUCUUCUCCUAAAGCCGUCUACAACACAGGACAUGAUGUCGUGACUCUCACGGAACCAGGCUUUCACUACUUCAUCACCGCAAACCAAGCUCAAUGUGUGUUGGAACAGAAACUCGAAGUUCUUGUCGUCCAUGACCCGUCACGUCCGGUUCCUCCACCACCACCGAGCAAGAUCCUUCCUAUCGGAAAGACUUACAAGGUCGGAGACUCACAAGGAUGGAAACUCUAUAACAGUGACUUCUACAACAAGUGGAGUGAGGAGAGACAGUUUCAUGUUGGAGAUGCUCUGCUUUUCGAAUACGACAAUGAAGUCAACGACGUCUACGAAAUCAGCGGUGACCUAGAAUUCAUUACCUGUGACCCAACGUCUCCGGUAGCCGUGCACAAGACAAGUCAAGAUCUUGUUAGGCUUACAGAACCAGGUGUUCAUUAUUUCGUAACCUCGCACUCGGGUUACUGUGAGGCUGGGCUUAAACUUCGAGUGAUGGUUGGACCACUACCCAAAGCUGUUACUUUGCCUAGUUUUCCGAAGAAGGUGGACUUGUCAGCUAUGGAGCGCCUCAACAACUGGUUGCAGACGUUCAAACACCAACCCCAUCAUUAAUUAACCCAUUCUUUU